UCUGACAAAUAUGGUCCAAUUCACUCAUUUGCAACACUUUUCCUUCAAAACAAUUUUCUCUCUUCAACACACUGACAAAACCUACAGAUCACUACCAUGGCUUCCGAGAAACAAACCCUAGAAGAGAAGAAACAACAAAAAGAAACAAACGAGCAAGAAGAAAAGGUUAAACAGAACAGUGAAGAAAGAAAAACUGAUGAUGAUAUGGAUGAAACAGGAGAAGACAGAGAGGGUGCAGGGGAAAUGGAAGUAGACAAACAAGAGGAAGAGGAAGAAUCUGAGGAGGAAGAGGAAAAGGAAAAAGUUGUGAAGAAAGGAAAAGAUAGAGGUGCAGUUAAAGAGGAGGAAGGGAAGAGGGAUAAUAUGGAUUCGCCCACAACACCAGGUUCAAGGCCAUCGAGGGAAAGGAAAACAGUGGAGAGGUAUUCUGAGUCUUUGGGUGCUAGAGUUUCUGCAACUAAGCCCUUGUCUAUUGAGAAGGGUAGAGGUACUCAACUGAAGGAUAUCCCAAAUGUGGCAUAUAAGUUGUCCAAGAGAAAACCAGAUGACAACCUGCAAAUACUUCACAGUAUUCUUUAUGGCAAGAGAACAAAGGCACACAAUCUGAAGAAAAACAUAGGGCAGUUUUCUGGAUAUGUUUGGGUUGAAAAUGAGCAGGAAAAACAUAGGUCAAAAUUGAAAGAGAAGCUUGACAAGUGUGUCAAAGAAAAGCUACUGGUUUUUUGUGAUAUACUCAAUAUCCCUGUCAGUAGAUCUGCAGCAAAGAAGGAUGAACUCUCUGUGAAGUUAGUAGACUUCCUGGAAUCUCCUCAUAGUACGACUGACUCGUUGCUUGCUGAGAAGGAACAGAAAAGUAAGAAGCUAAAAAGGAAGGGCACAACUUCCAAAAGCAAAGGUUCAUUGGAUAAAGCUACAGGAAAAUCAGCAAAGCAGAAGUCUGAAGUUGGGAAGAAGCGGAAGCAGUCAGCAGAAAUGGAGGAAGAAGAAGAAGCUGAUGAACCGUCAAAUACCAGAGAUGAAUCGGGGGAUGACAAUGAUGAUGAAGAAGCUCAUGAAGUAGGAAGUGAUGAAGAAGAGAGUGGUUUAGAGAAAGGCGAAGAGGAAGAAGUGAAAGAAGGGGAAGAGGAGCCAAAGAAGUCUAAUGGGAAGAUUUCUUUAAAGGAGGAUUCUGGAAGCAAAGCUACAGAGAAACCCAAGGCCGUGAAAAAGGAUAACCCUGCUAAAGAAGUAGGAAGUGACGAUGACGAUGAGGAGGCUCAUAAAGUAGGAAGUGAUCAAGAAGAGAGUGGUUCAGAGAAUGAGGAAGAGGAAGAGGAAGAGGAAGAGAAACCACAGAAAAAGAAAUCUAACGGGAUGAUUUCCUUAAAGAAGGAUUCAAGAAAAAAAGCUACAGAGAAAUCCAAGGCUGAGAAAAAGGACACCCCUGCUAAAUCCCCCAAAAGCUCAAAAAAUUCUUCCAAAGUGUCUUCAAAUAAAGCUUCCAAAAGAGGUGCUUCUGGUGCUGAUUCACUAGCUGAAUCUAAGAAACAAAAAGUCGAAAAGAAAAGUCAAAAAGAAGAAGAUGAUUUUGUGAAGGAAAAUGCUUCAAACAAGAAACAAUCAACCAAGUCUCUCGCUAAGGUUUCUGAAAAGGAGGGAAAAGGAAAAAGUGUCAAGAAGGCCAAAACAGACCCCAACAACGAAGAAAUUCAUGCAGCAGCAGUACAUAUUCUGAAAGAAGUGGACUUUAAUUCUGCAACCUUAUCUGAUAUCAUCCGGAAACUAGGUAGCCAUUUCGGUGUAGAUUUGAUGCAUAAAAAGGCAGAGGUGAAGGCUAUAAUCACUGAUGUAAUAAAUAACAUGAGUGAUGAGGAAGAAGGGGAUGACCCUGAGGCUGGGGAUGAUGAAGAAAAAAAUGAAGGUGAUGAAGAAAAAAAUGAAGGUGAUGAUAGUGAUGCUUAAUUUAUGAGUCAAGUAGAAGGAUAUAUGGUACCAUACAGUUGUUUUAAUUUAUAAUUUUAGUUGGUUAUAAGAUGGUGAUCCCAAUGGGUUGGUCUGUAAGCAUUUGUUUGUUUUUGCUUAUUCUUUAGAGUUAACCUUAGCAUUUCUUUUAAAGCAAAUCUUGCUCCUUCUGUUAUUGAAAUAGUUGUCAAUUUAUUCUAUUUAUAUUUAUUUA